AUGGCUGCUGGAGCUAAAAGAAAUUGUUCAAAAACUUACAAAGUUCCACGUCGUCCCUUCGAGAAAGAACGAAUUGAUCAAGAACUUCGUUUAAUAGGGUCAUUUGGUUUACGAAACAAACGUGAAAUUUGGCGCGUGGCUUAUACACUAUCAAAUAUUCGUCGUGCCGCUCGAGAAUUACUUACAUUAGAUGAUAAAGAUCCCCGUCGACUUUUUGAGGGAAAUGCCUUGAUCAGAAGGCUUGUCAGAAUUGGUGUAUUGGAUGAAACCAAAAUGAAACUUGAUUAUGUAUUGGCUUUGAAGAUUGAAGAUUUCUUAGAACGAAGGUUACAAACUCAAGUCUUUAAACUUGGUUUGGCUAAGUCGAUUCAUCAUGCUCGUGUUCUCAUCAGACAGCGUCAUAUUCGUGUUGGCAAGCAAAUCGUUGAUAUCCCAAGUUUUAUUGUUCGGCUUGAUUCGCAGAAGCAUAUUGAUUUUGCCUUAACAUCACCUUACGGUGGUGGUCGUCCCGGUCGUGUGAAGAGAAAACGUCAACGAACUGCAGCUAAGGGUGACGAGGAAGAAGAAGAUGAAUAG